CCUAAUCAAACUACAUCACCUUUAUUAUUAUUAUUAUUAUUAUUAUUAUUUUGGUUUUAUUCAAGAAGACAAGGACCUUUUUCCUUUUCUUCAAUUGCUUGCUCUUCUCUCAGUGGACUCCGGAGAUCAAUAUCAAAAUGGGUCGUCCAAAAUCGAAGGUUCAGCUCAAUUUCAUCUCAAACCCGAGCAAUCGAAACAAUACAUAUCGAAAAAGAAAGGAAGCAUUGAAGAAAAAAGCCUACGAGCUUUCGACUCUCUGUCAAGUCCCGCUCUUGACAACAAUCAUCAAUCCCAGCACCGGAGACGUCGAUUUCUGGCCUGGCGACAGUCAACAAGCCCAUGACAUAAUCUCAAGCUACCAGAGCCUCAGCGCAGAUAUCACAGACAACAAGAACACGCUUGACGUAAAAAGCUUUCUGAAGGAGCAAAUCAACAAGAUGAUGUCUGAAAAGUUUCGACAGUUGGAUAGUAAGAUUGAGGUGGUUAAUGAGAGGAUCCAGUUGCUCCAGAAUGGAAAUUUAGAACACGAGAAGCCUCUAUUGAGUUAUCCUUCGACGCAGUCUGUGUUGAAUUCUUUCGGAUUCAACACCCCGACCCCUUCUUGUGGGGCGUUUGGUGAUGAAGUUUUGAGGGGAAAUGCCGGUGGAGGGGCUAAUCGUAAUAUGUCUAACGGUUUUGGUCCAAGUUUUCGGGGGCCAUCGAGUUGUGGGUUAACGAAAGGCGCAUCAACGAGCAGUGUUGGUUUUGAUAGUAGGAUUAAGUCAGUCACUGAGAGGAUGCAAAUGCUUCAGCACGCGAGUACUGAACAGGAGAAGACUGGGUUUGGGCAGGAGUCGAUGGAUGAUGGCAAUGAUGGUGCUGGGUUCAAUUAUCCUCAAAUGGAUUCUGAGUUGAAUUCCUUCGGAUUGAAUCCGCCAAGUUAUUCUUCUGGGAUGUUUGGCAAUGAGGCAUUGAUCGGAAACGGCUAUGGAGGGGCUUAUUACAGUAAUUUUGAUGCUUAUGGUUCUAAUUUUCUCACACCAUUGAGCUCUGGUUUGAUUAGCGGUGCAUCAACGAGCAGUCUUGGUUUUGAUAGCAAGUUUAAGGCAGUCAGUGAGAGGAUUCAAUUGCUUCAGAAUGGGAGUUUUGAACAGGAGAUUGUUGGGUUUUUGCAAGAGUUCAUGGGAAAUGAUGAUGACAGUACUGGGUUCAAGUAUCCUCAGAUGGAUUCUGCGCCGAAUUCUCUUGGACCAAAUCCACCAGUGCACUCUUCUGGGGUGCUCGGUAAUGACAUUUUGAUGGGAAAUGGCGAUGGAGGGUCUCAUUGUAACAGCUUUUACGAUUUUGAUCCAAGUUUUCAGGCAUCGUGGAGCAGUGGCUUGAUGAAUGGUUCCUCGACGAGCAGUGUUGGUUUCGAUGGUUGGGAGAUGUCGAAGGAAGAAUCAUGGCAGGAGAUGGGAUAUAGCUUUGGUUGCUAAAGUUAUAUUUUUAGCAUUAUUAAGUUACAUUCAGCUGUAUGCCCGCAGCAAUUUUGUGCCGUGUUGUUAGAUUAUUGCCUAUUGGCAUGGUUUGCCGUUGUGUUCAGCUGCUAGGCUUGCAGCAAUUUUGUACAGUAUAGUUUCGUUAGGUUAUUGGUACGGAUGACUACUGUAUUCAGCUGGUAGGCAUACCACAAUUUUGUACGUGAGGACUGGAUAAUUUAUGUA